CCUCUUGGGUGGUGUGGAAACAAGUAUAGCAUUUUAAAUCGAAAUUAAUUGAACAUAAAUUAUUAACAUUGAUUAAUUAAUGAAUUAAUCAAUUAAUUGAAUAAAAGAUAUGCCAUUAUUUCGUGUUGUUUACUAGGAACAUAUUUUAUAGGAAACUUCCUCCUCGUUAAUUUUGCGGUCUACAUACUUUUUCGAAAAACGCAUAGUUUUAGAGAUAUUUGCAAAAAACCGUUUUUGGGCGCCAUCUUGGCGGAAUGGCGCGCCGGCGGCAUACCUCGGAUUCUGCAUUUUGUGAAUUUUAGUUCUAGAUCUCAAAAGUUUCAAAACUUCCGGACUUAUUUCCUGGUAAAAAUCCCCAAUUACUGGCCUAAGCGGUUUGGUGAAUCAUGGAAAGAUUUUAUAUGCCUAUCUAUACUUUUCCCCUUCUUGUCAUUUCUAAAUAUGAUUUCCGCGAUUACCACUAGCUUCAUGGCAUUUAUGAUUAGAAAAGAGUUUUGUAAAUAGGUACUUAGGUAUAUGAUCCGAGUUAUUUUGACAAGGGCUUCCUAGGAGAGCUAUUUUGACAAGGCGGUAUGGUUAUGAGCCAUUUUGUCGGGACUGUUGUGUUGGGAUUCUUUUGUCGGGGUCUACGCGUCACGGCUUUUCACACCUGUUUCUAUAUUUUCUGGGUUAGAUUGGCUUUGGUCUACUGGAUUCUGGAUUAUGAUAGGAGGGUGGACAGAGUCCACGCGUACCUAGGCCUCAAAUUCGGGCCCUUUUUGUAUGUUGGCUGUGUAGCAUCCUCUACAAGAUGGGUGAUUCUAUAGACCUAUCUAUCUAUGGUCCUUUGAAGGCUUCUCUUGCAUGGCGACAAUCAUGUUCCAUUUAGCCCCCUGUGUUGGGUUAUUGUUCUAAUUCAGUUUUUGGUCAAGUAAGAUUCCUAGAUAUUUUACCGACUGAAAAUUGGAGGUGUUUUUGCUUCUUGGAAUAGCAUGGGAGUUCGAAGACCCUCCACUUUUCUUGUGAAGAGAACCAGCUCCAUUUUUGUCGGGGUGAUGGACUAGGAGUAUUCCCUACACCAUUCUUCGGUUAAUCUAAGAGCUGAUUGCAUCAGUCUGCAUAGAGUACAAGAGUAACCUCAAAUUUGUCAGUUGUUAGUAUGGAUAUAUAUCGUCCGCAUACCCCAGGGGCGGUAUGCUUUAGGCGGAAUCGCAGCUUUGGGGUUAUAUAAAGACCCUCCAUUGUUUGAUACAGAGGAGAGGGGGAUUCUAUAGAGCUGCAAAAACUCUUCCAUGCCUUAUAUAGCCUUUGGUUUAUCUUAUAGGCCUCCCAAUCGCCUGAGCUUUGCUCUUCUUUGCCUUACUGAACAGUUUGCCCAACCGAGUUUUCUGCUUUCGAGCGCCCUGCACCAUCAGGGACCAUCCCUGGCAGUCUUCGGAGGAAAUGGCUGCAUAAUGAAGUUGGUUUCAGAUUGGCAAGCAGUCAAGAGUACCUAAAAGGAUCUACGAGCAUGGGUAUUGUGUACAAACCAAGGUACAAAGCUGGUGAACUAGAGGCGUACCAUGGAAUCCGAAUAUAUUGCUGCAGAACUCCAAGGCGCUCCAUGCCUCAAAAUCGACGCCAGUGCACUGCAACUACUGAAAAACCCAGAAUUCCAUAAACGGUAAAACUAGCACUCAUCUUCGCUACUGCGUUGACGUCACAACUAACGGCGGCCGUCAUCUCGAGUGCAUGGAGUGAUGCACUGUUCCCUACAGGGUCUUUAAUUUAAGAUGUUGAAUCUCGACCCGAUUCCGAUAUUAACUUUCAACUCAACGAUGUGGAGAAAUCCGAAAUUAAGUCUAUGCACUGGGGCCGAUCUGAGACGGAGAUUAUCAUAGGCCAUCAAAAUGGUUCUGUGAGACUUUACAACACUUUAACAAACAAUUUUGUACAAUCGUUAAGUAAUCUGGACGGGGAUGGUGGUGUUUGCGGUUUAGGUGUUUUAGACAAUUCAGUAUUAGUGGCACGAAAUAGUGGUGUCAUUAAUAUAUGGUCUAAGAAUAAUGUUGAAAGUUUUAAACUGAACUUACCUGAUGAUAGCACGUUAGAUUGCAUGGCUCAAAAUUUUAAUAACUACAAUGUGAUCGCAACUGGUGGGGAACGGAACGAUUUAAAGUUAUGGGACAUUGAAACUAAAUCAUCUAUAUUCAAAGCGAAAUCGAUGGGACAUGACGAAUUGAACUUACCUAUACCUACCUCAGUUCGAGGUAUUUGUUUCUUCAACAACGAAAAUAAUUUAGUCAGUUGUGCAACAAAGGAAGGCCAUGUUUUGUUGUACGAUGGUCGGGUUCAAAGGAGACCUAUUGUUAAGUUCUUGGAGGUAAAGGCGAGCUACUCGGCAAUUGCUUGCACAUAUCGUGAUAGACAAAUUGUGGCCGGAACUACAAGAGGUUAUAUACAGUUACUGGAUUUAAGGGCUUCAAAGCGUUGUCUUCGUACUUAUAAAUCGUUUACUGGCGGAGUUACAAGUUUAGUAUGUGACAUAUCGUCGCCUGUCGUUAUAAGUACAAGUUUAGACCGAUUUGUGCGCAUUCACGAUUUGGACACAAAGAAUUUGCUGUACAAGAAGUACAUGAAGCAGAGUUUAACGCAAAUUGUUAUUAAGCCCAUCUUUAAGGAGGAACCGAAGGAAGAAGAAAAGGAUAGUAAAUUUAAUAAUGAAAAUGUAGAUGCAGAAUUUGAGGAGAUGUUUGAUCAAAUGGAAACAAUAACUGAGAAAUCGGUAAAGAAACGAAAAAAAAUAACAGAAAGUCAAGUCAAGCACACAAAGUUGAAGAGAAUUAGCAAUUAGUUAUAUAAUUGACAUGAUAAGAAGUAAAAAUUUAUAAUAUGA